AGCCUGUCACAUACACAUGUCACACACGACGUCGACAUGCGCGACUCCAUUCAGCGAAUUUACGGUGCCCUCCUGACGCCCUCCAAGUUACCCGAUCAGAUACACCUUUCCCAGGAAGAACUAGUCGAACACAUAAUCCACGAUGAGCAUUUCCAAACCUAUCCUCCCGCACGAUCGUACCAGUUGAAAUUCUGGAAGCAUAUCGUAGAGAAGAUCGAGUUGGCGAACGAGGAAGCGGAUGAGAGGAUAUACGAGCGCCACAUCUCUCUCUUAAGUCAGGGUGCUCCGAGUCCAUUUGAUUACAUGAAUGGCCCACCAGCUCCCUCGUAUAUCACCCGCUUCUGGAACGCACCUUCUUCUGAAUCAAAUGUCAGAACUUCUCGGCGAAGCAUCGCCUUGCUUGAAUCUCGUACAACAAUUGAAGAUGGUACAACUGGGAUGCGCACAUGGAGGGCUAGUUUAAUAUUGGCUGAAUGGCUGAUACGACGUCCAGAAAUUGUUCAGAAAAAACGGGUUCUGGAAUUAGGCUCAGGCGUAGGAUUCCUAGGAAUCCUCAUUGCGCAGCUUGAUGGAAUGCGAAAGUCAAAACUAGACGAAACUCAUUCAGGUCUCCGUGGGGUUCCCUCGCUAGCAUUGACAGACGUGAAUCGUACUGUCCUAGAGAGGUGCGAAAACAACAUUUCAUUACCCCCUAAUUGGUUUGAUGCGACGUCCCUGGAUCGAAAAGAGUCCUUGAAAGCCCAGUUAGAGGAAAUUAAUGCAGAAGUGAUAAUAGGAGCAGAUAUCGUGUAUGACUUGGACCUCAUACAUCCGUUGAUCGAGACUCUGGGGAUGGCAUUAUCUGCGGGUUCAGUAUCACCGCAACCGUAUCGCAGGGAAGGCUUGAUCGCACUGUGCGCGCGUAGCGAAGAAACAUUAUCCAGAUUCAUCCAGGCUGCAGAUUCUCGAGGGUUGGACUUAAGAAGCGAAGAGUGGGGAUCAUUAGGGGAUGACAUUUUCGACGACGGAUGGGGCGGUGAGAGUCAAUCAUCAGUCAGAUUGUUCACCGUCACGCUGAGACAGAGCCGAGGAACCACACAAAAAAUUCUGCAUUCGAUAAGUUAAAAGUCAUAUAUGUAUGUAGAAAGGAAAAAAAUGCUAUGAAGACUAUUAUGAGGUGGCUAUGACUAUAUCGGUAAGGCUAAAAUUAUGCGUGAUUAGGUCUAUGGGGGGUCGAAGAUCACUAGGUCACCCAUUCGCCCGUCGCCAUCAGCUGCACCGGCUCGCCCCAAAGUCUCCCCAUGACUAAUUGAUUCCGCUCAACCUGCUUUUCGCCGCUCUUCUGCUCCUGCUCCUGCUCCUGCUUU